AUGCUCGCCGGGAGAUCCAAGGAGCUAAAGAGCCAAAGACGGCGCAGUAAAAGCCAAAUUUCUUCUCUAACCAAAAGGUUGAAGGCGGCUCAGAAGAACAUGGCAGCACUCUCCGAUAUAAUCUUCCCGUCUCAGGAGUCAAGUAUCAGCACCAACAACAUUAACAAGAUCCUCGGGGACCUCAAGCGCUCGAAUUUGUCAAUCACGAACCGCCUGAGGUCCAUACAGCAAGAUGCGGAUUUUGUCGAGGAGGUUGCCGCCGCCCUCGCUGGUGGCGUGGGUGUUGAUGGUGACGGGGAUGGGGAUGAUGGUGUGAGCAAGACCCGGCGGCGCCCACUCGUCGCCAAUGAGCGGUGCGGGAGCUGGUAUAUUCGGCCUGGCCUGAAGGGGGCGUCCGCGUACUUCAAGAGUACGGACGGGCAUACCGGUCAGUGGAAGUUCUCAACGCGGAGGUUGAAUCUUCAUCUGCUGCCGGUCAUUGAGGAGUGUGAUGGAAUAAUCAUUAUUGAUUCCACUAGGAGAGGCAAGAGGAUGCCAGACUCACUCAGCAAGACCGUUCCGAUCUGGUGCUGCGUCCUGAAUAGGACCCUCUUCCCGGAGCUCACUGAGUCGCAUGGCCUUUACGUCCCCCCAAACGUGGUCUCAGACUCGGAAAAGUCACAAAUGCUGUCCCGGGUCCCUGGCUUCGUCGACUCCCUCAAGCAACUCAACCUAGACCUGGCCGGACUGCAAGCCCAGAUCUCGAAACCAAUCAGGCCGACAUGGGUCACUCAGGAGACGGACCUGAGCCACCAUUUCAACUGUGAAGACGACGACGGGAAGAUCUUUGAGUCCUUCCGGCCCGUCAUCUGCUGCACCUCGUCGAGGAGGAUCACAGACAGCGAGAUGUCGGGCCACAGCGGCUACGUCCAGGGCGCCGGGGACGACACAGAGAACUGGGCCCUAGGCCUGACGCCGCCAGUGUUCUGGGACAACUCUGAGCAGCUUCUGUCGACGCCCGAGGCCGACCUCCCGGAGCUGAUCCGGUCCCUCGUCGCCUCGGCGAGCAGCACCCACCAACAUCCUCAGCCCGGAUCCACCGCCACCAACGGCAUAGACCCCGACGCCCACAGCCUCCCACCAGCAGUGACACAACUAACCCCCUUCCUCCACGUCAGCCCCCUUCCAAUCCCACACCCGCUCCCAGGGAGAGACCCCCAAGGCGAGUCCCAGACCUGGUGCACAAUCACAAUCCACUCCACGCCAACCCCCCCAGAAACAUGGACCAAGUCCCCGACACACAUGGAACUCGGGCUGGGCAAGCACAAGGCCGCAAGCCGCAGCCUGCGCACAGCCCUGCCGCGCAUCUGCGAGUUCGCCUGCCGCUUCCUGCUGCUGCCGCCACCACCGUCCGAUCCCGAUCCCGAGUACCAGCCCCCCGCCGCUGCGGCGCACCACCGCCCACGGAUCCUCGUCGCUGACGAGGCCGGCGGCCGCGACCUGGCCGCGGGCGUGGCGCUGGCGCUGCUGUGCUGGUGCUUCGCCGACGACGACGGGCGCUCCGUGCGCGGCGCGGGCUUGGGCCGGGUCGAGCGGCCUGCCUUUACCAAGGACCUGGUCCGCGCCCGGCUGGGCCGCGUCAUGACCGCCAUGCCGGACGCGAACCCCAACCGGGCGACGCUGCAGAGCGUGAAUAGCUUCCUGAUGGACUGGAAGUAG